CUGCUUCGCCACCCUCGAACCACCCUCCUCUUCGUCUCUGUUUACCCUCGCUUCUUCUUCUCUCUCGCCCUCAUAAUGCUUCCUAUAACAGUGUCCCUCUCUGUUGCACAGAAUCACCCUUCUAUUCGUCGAGCUUCUACUAUCUCUAUAUACUUCUUCUCUAUCUUCUCUAUUUCACUACACAUUAGACGAUCCCAUCUCUGUCCCGCCGGAUGAUUCCACCACCGGCUAGAAGCAACCACCCUUCGUUCUCUCGCCAUCUACACCCCCUUGUGCAGCCUGCUAGUUGCAUAGCUCUCUUCGUUGGUCCCUCGUUGCUCUCCGUACCCGCUCCUACCCCCCCGUCUACGACUCUUUUCCAUCCGACGCGGUAACAGGUGUUGCUCCGGCCCCGAACUCGUACAAAAUCGAUGGGCAAGAGCCACAUCGGCGUCGCGGCGAGGGGUGGGUUACCCCUGCCGGUUCGCCCUCUUGCUCGGCUUCCUCGUUCCUCUGCUCGUUUCAACCCCUCGAUCGCGGAGCCAGCCAGAGCUUUAUAUAUACACGUAUACGUAUAAUGCCUGGCGUGUGUGUUCGCGAGACGGUGUGGCAGUUCGUUGGAGAUGGAACGGAGCAAAAGCGAAACGGAGAGACGACGAGCAGUACGCUGCUCACGCUUGACAGGGGAUGGUUGAUAAAGCGGAACAAGGAAAGAAAUAACCAACGUAUAGGAUAAAGAAGGAGAAGCAGUUUACGAGGGUGAAAGAGGUACUGGGGAUGGUUUACGGAGCAGGACAGAAAUAGAGGGAAAGUAUGGAAGAAAAAAAGAGACAAAGCGUAAAGAGGGUGGAAGAGGACUGGGAAGACAGAGAGGGCAACACCGGGCAGGUUGUGUGCAGGCCUUUUAGGGAGGGAAGCGAGAAGGAGCUCUGCACGAAGCGAGGAGGAAAGGACGCAGGCGCCCAGGACGCGGGGCGACGCUGCUCGACGACGCUGCAUUGGCAGUUGCACCCCAGCCACACCCGGUACGAGCCAUGUAGUCGGGCUACCCUCCACCGCGAUACACGGCGGACAAUUGUUGCUUCUGCGCCCACAGGUGGUACAUCUUCAUCUUCGAUCUUCGUGCCCGUAGACGUUCGCGUCCGGUGUGCCACGUCGUCGAACGCGACCGGGGCCCAUGGACGAGCCUCGAUCUAUCGUUGACCGUUCGACCAAGCGCGCGUCGUGCUGCUCGUAACCGCGCUCUGCUCGUCCAUGUCGUGCCUCUCUCUACGUGUCUAGAGACCCUAGUGUUACUUACGUGCCACCGCUUGCAAAAACCUAUUUCGUUUCCUCGUUCAACGUCGUUUUCAACGUUCGUCCGUCAUUUGUUUCGUCGUCGUGGUUACUUUUACGUAUACUUCCGUGGUGCUGCUUUCAUGAUACUCGCGUCUAUGUGUAUUGUGAGCUUGGGUUUACCGUGUGCGUUACUCGAAGCAACCCCUCUACGGCAAACGACCCAGUCGUAUCGAACCGAGUAGACAGGUAAAGUCGAGCCUGAAUUAUUUCUGCGUUAAUCGAAGGUGUUAGGGAGGAAGAGGAAUAGAAGAAAGAGAAAGGUGGGACGAAGAAAGAGUACGAGGAGGGACUAGGAACGCAUACGUGGUUCGUCGCCGUGAGCCACCGGCGAUCCAAGGCUGCGACGAGGCCCGCGAACAGCCGCACGAGGGCAGAGUUGUAGCUUCACGCGGGUUCCUCCUUUCACGGUGCUUCCCCGCCGUACAAAACCAGCCAUCACCAGUACGAGGAGGCUAAGAGAGGGCGAAGAAGUCACGCAAAGUCCUCCUACGGGUUUGUUCCUGCUUUCUGACUGGCAAGCAAGACACCAAGCUACCAGUAGACACUGAGACAGGGUGAAAGAGAGAAAGGGAGAGGGGACCACUUACCAGAGGGAGUUAUCGACUACACACGUAAGGCGACAGCGCACACGUACGGAUACACAAACAUCGCGGACCUGUUGUCCAACUUGUUGCUCGUCCCUGCAAAAGGCACACCUCGCCUGCCUCCACGACGCACACGUUUGCUUUCCGAAAAAGGACCUUCGGUUAUUUACAAUUCGUUAACUCGAAGAUAGCAGCUUGAAUGUUCAGCUGGAAGAACCACAGCCUGGCUGGCUCGGUCUGUUAUUCAGCCUACCGAGAGAAUCGUGAUUAAUCGAGCGUAUUUUAUAAAUCCGCUCGCUCCAGAGAUAAGAAACUGGUGAUUCGAUUUGCUCCUCUACGCUACUGGAAUUGUACCUUCUUAUUAGAAAAUCUGUUUAAUGGUGGAAGAUUGAAGGUUCUACGAGAGACUGUUUUUAUCGGGAAAAUCGGUGAUUUGUAUCGAGAAGAAGGAAUAUAUUUGGAAAGAUUUUUUUAGAAUUUACUGGAACGGUUUUAGAGAAGAAGAGUAAGAGGAAGCACGCGGCGUCGCGACCAUCAUUUAUCGGAUUCACCGUACUCGAAAUCGCCGAGAUGAGGGUAUCGUCGCGAGAAUGGACACGCCCGAUGCUGCACGAGAGUGUUGCCGGCAGAAUGGAACGAUGCUCGGAUCAGGAAGGCGAGUAGACGGUGAAAAUUAGUCCGAGUGGCGAGAACUGACCUCUGAGAGAAACUCGAUACGGUAUCAGGACGAACCGAGAUAUAAAACAUAAAUAAUUAAAUAUAAUAUGAAUAUUCAUAAAUAAUCACGAAGUAUAUGUACAUUUUUAAUAACCGUGAACACUGAAGCAAAUUUUAAUCGAAGAGAGUUUUUCAAGCGGUGUACGAAAGAAAAUUACCGAAGAAAAUAGCGUUAAUAAAAUAGUUGAUACGGAUUGUUUGGAUUUUAUUAAACUACGAUGAAGCGUAUAGAUGAAAGAUUUAUCCAGAGGAAGAACGUAAGCACCGGAGGCGACAGUAAGCGGAAGACAGGGCAAAAGUAGACGAAGACCGAGAAAUACCGUAAGAACCACGUAAUCUUCCACCCGUGAAUACAACGAAAGCAAUAUUACAAACAAGGUAAAGCAACAAAGAGAAUCUAAGAAAAAAAAACAAAAGAAGCAAACUAAGAAGAAAUAAAGCAAGGCAAGCUACAUUUUUCUUUCUCUCUUAUAAACUCGAGUUACACCGAAGAAUCUCAUCUGGAACCACGUACAUUAACACGUGCAAACCAAGUGUUAUUAAAAAGAAAGUUUCCAGUGAGGAAACAUUUCCGGAUAAUCUCAACUUCCGGGUGUAUCUGAAAUCUCGAGUUGGACUGACUCGCUUCGCCGAAAAAAUAUUUUAAUAUAAAUCUAUACACGUAUCUAUAUGUGUAUAUAUACACACUAUAUAAAUACACAAAUAUACAAGUAUAUUUAUACACACAGACACGUGUGUAUAUAUAUUUACGUGAAAUACACACGUAGCUCCGUUUGAAAUCGUGCAACGACAUCUAGAAUUAAAAUACCGCCCCCAAACGGCGAUCGGAAUCGACAUUUCCGGUAGAAACGAGCCCGCCACAAGGAAGUGUCCCGUUUUUAUCAACUCUGCGAAUCGAAUAUCGAUGCUGCAAUUACUUGGAGCUUGACUAGUUCCUCCCGAAACACUCGUGAACAAGAGAAAGAAACCAAAAGCCAAGAUGCCGCGGUGUUAUAUGGUGAAGAAGGCCCUGUGCAACAAGUAUAUAAGCAACGUUGCCAGAGGAUUCGAGAGCUGGGGUCGCGGAAGGACCACGCCAUCGCCGACCACCAUACAAAUCCCAGUUUCGCCUACAGAAGGGAGCGUCGCACCCCCUGUUGCUCAAGAAAACCUGAAUACGAAGUCCCAAGAUACGACUGCGACGACAGGAGCGAAGACGCUCGAGCAGAAUGUCCCGAAGGAGAAGGUAAACGAGCCUAGCAAUGUGGACAUGACGGCGACGACAAACACCACGAGUACACCAUCGACGGAAUCUUCGACUACAGCUCGAACGGAGACAUCGGUGAUCACCUGCACAGCUACAUGCUCACCAUCCACGGUGGUAGCUCCUCAAACGACAGAAUCAAUCGCCUUGAGCGUCGAGGACACAACGAUCACGACGUCCACGUUGCCUUCCACGGCUCCCAUAUCACCGUCCAAAACAGUUCACACAGACCAUCAGCAACAUACGACCGUGCUCCAUUACACGCCACCAAGGGAGCCUUCUCCACCUUCGAACACCGCUACACCGUACCACGUGGAAGAAACAGCGGAUCAUUCCACGUCUGAUUCAAGGAUAGGGUCCAAUAACGGUAAUGUGAUCACCAAUUGCGUGUCCUCGAUGUUCAAAGACCGUUCAGCAGCUGAAACAGAAGCUGCACACGAUUUACUAGAGCUCUCAAGAUCGUUGCCCCCAUUACCACCACCCAGUGUCGCCAUCGGGCCACAAAACGUGAUAGAGUCACCUGCAACCGAUAUCCAAGAGAUGACGGUGUACCAACCGAAUCAACCGAUCUACCAAGUGAACACUAUCGGUUUAGCAGGUUCUGCAGUCUACACCCAUCACCAACACCAGCAACCAACAACAGCGAGCAUCAUUUACGAGCCCAGCGCAGCGAUAGUCCAGCAAACGGGCAGCGUGUUCAUUCCACUAUCCCCUGUUCAAGAGAUUCUGCUCACCUAUAGCGCGCCGUCCAUCCCGUGCACGCCGGCCAUCCCGUGCACACCGACCAUCCCGUGCACGCCGAUUAUGACUACACAUCAUCCACCCCAACUAAUACCACAGCAACAGCAUCUUCUCCCAACCAUAGAGACAGCACCACCAUUGACCCCACCUACGUCAGAGUGUAGCAGCGAUAUUGAAAAUAAUAAUCCCAAUUCGCAACCCAGUCAGAAGGAUAAAGAGGUGCAAACGGUGCUCGAACAGAGCGAAGUGAAACCGGCGAGUUAUACGUAUGACACUUUAUUGGUAACUGACGGGAGGUCGAAGAAUAAGAAGGUUUUACCUAUUCAGAAGACGCAGGAGACUGAACCGAUUGAGGGACUUGAGGCGUCAAAGAUCGGGCGUUACGUCUGUUGCGAGUGCGGUAAACAGUACGCGACUUCGUCAAACUUGUCACGACACAAACAAACCCAUCGUAGUAUCGACUCGCAAUCGGCGAAGAAAUGCAUCCACUGUGGCAAAGCAUACGUAAGCAUGCCAGCCUUGGCGAUGCACGUGCUGACCCAUAAACUAACACACAGUUGCGGUGUCUGUGGCAAGAUGUUCUCCAGACCGUGGCUACUCCAAGGACACCUGAGAAGUCACACGGGCGAGAAACCUUACGGGUGCGCGCAUUGCGGCAAAGCGUUCGCCGAUCGGUCGAAUCUGCGCGCCCACAUGCAGACGCACUCCGCGGACAAGAACUACGAGUGCCACAAGUGUCACAAAUCGUUCGCGCUCAAAUCUUACCUGAACAAGCAUCUAGAAUCCGCCUGUCAAAGGGAGAACGACGAUUCCAACAAUGACCUAGAUGCACCUCAAUAAAUUCCAUCGAGUUACGGUCACUUUUGGCGCUAGUGUCGCUGCAUGUCAUCAAUUGGCGACACAUCAGACGAUAAACGAAAUGCAAAAAAAAAAUUCUCCAAGGUGCAAUCCCUUCUGGUAUCAACUUCAAUGGGUCAAUUCAAUCUUUCUGGAAUUCAACAGUGACUACUUCGUUGUUUCCCUUCCUCCCUCUCGAAAACUUCCAAAAUUCCACGAACCAUUCUCUCGAUGAAAACCGUAAAAGGAAGGAUUCGUCCACGAAACAACAGAAACAACGAAGAAUUUCGAUCGUUGACGUCACAGGUGAUUCUUCAUUAUUAACCAGCAAUCACGAAUUCAUCAAGUUCCCAGUCUGGGUAAGCAAACGAUCUCAAACUGAUCGCGAUUCAUGUCACCAGAAGCUACCAGCAAGCAAGGAACAGACAUUUUGAAGAUGAAACCCAUAAAAUAGGCGGACGUUGAACCAACACGAGAAUAUCGUGGUUAAACUAACGUUCUGAAUUCUCGUUUUGUUCUUCGUGUGAGUAAACAUCCAAAGGCAUAUAUUAUUAACGUAAGCUGAUUAUUAAAGUCGUGUUCGCACAGAGAAAGGAACGUUAGAGGAGAACGGAGCGUAUAUACAGGGAUAAAUCGUCGUAAAGUAAGGAGACACGUGUUUCAUUGCAUCAAGACGCGCAUGGUGCGAUUCAAACGACAUUCCUUUCGUCCAUGGACGCUCGAUGAGAUUUUAUUCGUCGUCCGAUGAAAUCGAUAUUCGCGUGGCAUCAAGGGAAACGAAAACGACGCUCGUUCGCUUCCCGAUGAAGUGUCUGAUAUACGAUAGGGAGAAGCAAAGAACGAACAGCGCGGCGAAAAUCGAUGCAAUACUAUCGAGGGACCAUCAAUUUGUGAGUAAAAUUCAUUUCGAAUCGCCGAUAGUCGAUGGGAACCGGGUCAAUUCUAGUCAAAGAACUUCGGAAUCCAAUGAAAAUAAUGCAUGCUCCAAGUACGCUUACUAGUCGAUUUAACGACCUUCUCUUUGAUGAAACUUGGCAGUUUUCAGAUGUCGCGUGGCAAUUUGUGUACCAUCGUCAAAUUCUUAUUGGUUUUCUGCGUGCUCUUCUGCAAUUUGACUUAAUGUAAUAGCCUGUAUAUAGUGGAUCCACUAAUUGGGAUCAUUAGCAUGUUCAUAGGAAUAUUUUACUUCUAUCUUAGUUCUAUCUUAGUCGCGCGGAAUAAAAUAGUCGAAACACAGACUGAAACGUGAUUCGUGAUAGGGAAAGCGAUCUCAAGCGACCAACUAAUUUCAGGGCAAGCUAUAGCCAAAGAAAAUUUCGUUUGAUUCUCCAUUUCAUACUUGUCAACGCUUUAACGUGCCUCUUCUUUUUCGAUUCUGCUCGAGAUUAAUCUCAACCUCAUUCUCAACUUUCUUUCGUAUUUAUUUUUCGUACAAAUGUACUAAUAUCUUCACGGCGAGGUAAAACAAUAUAUCGUAUCGUAACUUGAUCGUCGUCGAAAUGAUUCGCGGGCAAGUUGAUAUCCGAUACCUAUCGAUGGAUGAUAGGAGACUAUCGAUGUUAGAAACGCGAAAAGUUUCCGCGCGAAUGUAAUUUCCUCGAGGAAUCGUUUUCCCAAAGUUCCAUCGGCGCCCUUGGCGUACAAUGGAAACGAUAGAGGGAGGAUGAGCACACGUCGGAGGUUUUCAUCAACAUUUCACGUAAACUGGACCACCUGUUGAAUGCAGGAAUGACCAUUGGUGGCGAAAGGGUCGCUCUCUCGUUUCGCUCUCCUAAAUUAUAGAACAUCCUCCCGUAAUUUCCUCGUUGUCAGAAGUAUACGCCAACGAGACCGCCAUUUUUCUGUUUCCAUUUUUUUUUUUCUUCAAUGAGAGAUGAUUUAUAGAAUGACUCGAUCUGCAUAUUAAAAAAUUAUGGAAAUUUUUUACAUCCUCGAGAAAUUUCCUAAUCACCUAUCUAGUCAGAAGCUUCUAGUUGGUGAUCGAUCACUAACAAAACCUUGAGAUUCUUCUUUUAUCGUAAAUUUCGAAGAUGGAAAUCUCCUUCGACAAUUUCUAAUUUAAUAAGGCAAUAAUGCAACUUUUACUCGAUAGUUUGUAAGUGCAUAAAUUUUUAUUUUAGGAAUUAACGAAUGAACAAAUAUUGCAAAAUAGAUGUAGACUGUUCUAUGCAUAAGAUUGUACUUAGAUCGUUAGCUACGCUUUCAUCGUUCCUAGUCCAAUAGUCGUUUUAUUUAUCGUCUAGUUCACUCGUACCACUCUUAAUCGUAAUAUUAAUUUAAUAUUGUAUUGUAACGACGGAAGGAAAAUUAGAGCGGGAAAGACGAAAGGAAUGUCGACGUAUAGAAAAUAUCAAGGACAAGCACCGGCAAGAAACUGAAAAAAGGAAUAAAGAGACUUCCGCUCUAGUCAGUGAGCUACGCUUGUAUUGUAUCGUUUUAUCUUAGGUUGCCUCGAAAAAUGGGGCUUAGUCUUGUAUAAUAGGUGAAGUGAUCGUUCUUAAAUUUAAGUUGUUCGUGUCGCUAUUGCUUUCAUGUGGGAAAAAACGCGUUUUUUAUAACGACCGUAGAGAUAUUUUGGUACGAAAACAUUUUCAGCGAUUAGAAAAAAAAAAAAAACAAGAAACUUAGGGGAUCGACCGAUUAUAUUAUUGCGUACUCGACGUAUCGGUUAAUUCGCGUUAAGUAGUUUUUAAACGGACGCAACGGAAUAAACGAGCUUUAGCGGUUUAAGUUUCUAAUAAACUAAAGAAAAUGAGAAUAAAACGGCGUCGAAUGCGUCUGCAAGUUUUCUCGCGCCGUGUGUCUGUUUAGCAGAGCAACGUCGAACCUCGAUCUCGAGGAUUUUCACGUCUGCAUUCGACAUACCAGCAACGUGCAAGUGAUUUUUCGAAAACAGAAAAUGGAAGAAAAUUCAACCCUUAAAGGCGAUCACGAAUGAAAGUUUACUGAGACGAAUCUUCUUUAAACUAUAAAAUUAAUUGUUUUAUCGUUGUUCGAUCUAGACGAGCAGCAGCAAAAUUACCGUUUGCGCUGGUCAAAUAACAUAACGGUGGUGGUAUCGUUACUGGACGAUAACAUCAAAACAAGGUCCAUGAUAGCCUUGAAGGGUGAAAAUUGAAAGAAAGAGGAAGAUUUUAAAAACAGAUACAACUCUGAAUUUAAUUCCACUCUCUUUGAUAGAUCGACGGUUGUAAACGGAAUUAAUGAAAUCACGUGUACGUUGCUCGUAACAGUGUUUGAGCGAAAAGUCAGAAAUAGACUUGCCUAACGUUCGUCCGUUCGAUUCUAUAAGACUAGAUUGGCUGUUGACAUGUAAAUAUAUUCGAUUAUUUUUCCACGUUCUUAUAUAAAGUCUAUUAUAAUUGUAAGUAUAAGGUUCCUAGACGUAGUAGCUAUUUUCUCUUAACGCUUUUAUUUAUAUCAUUUUAAUUAACGAUGAGUUAAGCGAGUCUGUGUCUGACCAAGUUUCAACGAUUAGGGGAACAGCUUCGAAAAUCGUCCCGUACGUUCGUUUCCAUGGGACAAACCAAACAUUCCAGUUCUAUUCAAUAUUAUGGGAGACGGAUAAUAAUAGUUCAUGCCGGUGUUGCGAUAACCGGGAACGACCAAUUCGAACAGGUCGUUGGAAAAUUUGAUCCACAUCUUCAAUGAUAUUCACAAGCUGUACCAGUCUCGUUUUCGUGCUCUAAUACACAAUACUCGACAGUCAAUCGAAUCUCUAAUCAAUUAGAGUUAACCUCGUAACGGUAGUCAAUAAUGAAACAAAAGAGAAUGAUCUAUAUGGUUAUCAAAGUACAUCUUCUUCAUCAGCGCAACAAAUUUUAACAAAGAUAAAACUUCUUAGGAAAGGCGAAGUAUAUUAACGUCUGGAUUCUUCGAAUUAGAAAAUUAAAAAAGAUAUAGUAUAGCGCAAGCGAUUGAUCACUGAGAUUAUUAUUUAAUGAAGAGCUACGAUACCUUUUUCUCAUUCAAUAAUUGCUAGACUAGAGAUUUUUAUGCAUUUAUGAGAAAUUUCAAGAAACAAAAAUGAACAGGAUACGUGUAAAACAUGAAAAGUGGAGUAGUUGAUAUAAUACAGACUACGUGAAAUAAAUUUCUGUUUAGACACCAUAUCUUUAGUGUUGCGUUCAGAAAAAUAUAAAUUCGCAUAGAUACCUGCAGUCUAAUAAUCGCUACAGUGGUGAUAAAUAAUUUGAAAGAUGCUAUACAAGUAUGAAGGCACGUUGCUUAUUAUUAACGCUAUAUUAUUAUCUUUAUCACAUAAUACUACUUUUAACAAAUUUCUAAAAUUCUCGACAUUGUUUGAAUUAAAAAAAUCUACAAAUAAUUAAAUUCCUUCGUUCAAGAUCAAACGACUCAGCGAUCAAUGCUUGACUCGAAUAAAAAAUUACAAAAAUUCGUUGCCGUCUCGAAGACUAUUUUCAGCGACGAAAAAAGUUUUCGAAACACGAUUUCCUCGAUGCUUUUUUGUCGAAUUCGUGGACAGGAAAGCAUGAUAAGUUAGUGGAGUUAAUUAUUCAAUGGUAAAGAGGAAAAUAAGGGGGAAAAAAGAAAAGAAACGAUGUAGCAAACCGCAGAACUGAUGAACACGCGAUUACAAACUAACGUUAGAUCGUCGCCGUAGUGUAAACUUGAACGAAAGCAAAAAAAAUUUACAAAAAAAAAAAAUGGUACGAUAAAAAUGGUGUAAUUAUUAACUAUAUUAACGAUAAACAAGCAGUCGACGCUAUUUUUUAGAUACGCAAACGAGUUAAGCCAGGACCCAGGACGAUCAUGCCUCGUACGUUUCUCGGUCCAGUGAAAAUCAAUUUUUCUUGUUCAACGUCACAAAGAACACACAAUUUUUAUUGGCUGUGCGUUCAUACUUCGAGCCGAAUUUAAUCGAAUUGGAGGAAUCGUGCAUGUGUACGACGAUUAUCUGGGUAAAAUUACUGUGAUAUAUUUUAAAAAUAACUUUAUUGAUUUCAUUGGGACUAUUAUUAAACUCGGAUUGUAGAGCAGAAGUUAAUAAUAUAUUAUAUUACAGGAUAUUUAGAAAGAAAGUUGGAAAUGAAAUUUUUCAAACAUUAAUCGCUCCUUCUUACAGAAAGAUUGAUCCUUAAAGGCUACCUUAAUCGUUACUUGGUAAAAGUUCACAAACAGCACAUCUGUUUCGAAUAAAAAGAAUUAAUAAAGUUGGACAGAUAGAAUUAAAUGUUUCACUGUUAUUCGAUAUUAGAAGGUAGAAGAUUAUUGUUCAAAGUAGUUACAGAUAACAUUGUACUGUUACAGAGCGAUAAUAUCAAGAGAAAAUUCAUACGAAGUGAAAUUUCCUAACUUGUAAAUAGCCUUUAAGGGUUGAACAUCUUUCGGGCCGCAAAAUGACUUUAAAUUAUAGGAUCGAGGUUUUAAAACGCCCUGUAUAUUGAAACUAAUUUCCGCGUGACAACGAAUCAAGAAGUUUCUAAGUUUCUAAUCUGAGCGAGAUCUGUCUCGUAAGUUGAAGGAAACUUUAUAAUUGCGUCGUUAUAUUAUCAGCGUAAUUGAUCUAAAUCUUUCCAUUGGCCAAGUUUUUCAGUACAACAUAAUUUACUAAUUUUCUACUUUUUGCGUAUGUCAGAGUUAAUUACUCGGAUUUGCGUCGUGCCGUCACGAAGCCACGCUUAACCGAAUUUUUCUAGUAGAUAAAGCUGAUUAAACGGAGCCCUGAUGUAACUAAUUGCCUCAUAGCCGUUAUAAUGUUAGCUAAAGGACAAACGAGCCGAAGAGCGAGGAAAGAGUGGAAGCAGAACGAAACAAGAGAAGAUUUUCCUUGUUUCUUCAGCGAGAGACCGAUUGCUAUUUCGAUUCGUCGCAUAAUUAAGCGUUUAGAAGACUCUAAAGAGGACCAAAGUACUUAAACGUAACUACGCCGAAGCCGUGGCGCUCUUAAACGCAGCGAUAAAACGUAAUUAAUGUCACCUUUCGCGAUUGUUGUCAAUAAGCAAACGAGUAAUAAUGAGAAGGAAAAGAUGACGCGAGGAAGAAAGAAAAGAAAGGAAAGAGAAGAAAGAGAGCAAAAUAAGCGUGAAGGUGCUGACUGUUAAAAUUACGUACGUUCGAAAACACGGUAAAAAUGAACAACGAAACCAACGUGACAAAAGUUGUCCGCUGUAACUAUAAUUAAUUAACUUAUUAGACCGAAUAUGCACGAUAUAUGCUAUAUCUAUGUGUAUAUGUACGUAUAUGUUAGUCGAAUUUUCGCUACACCGAAACUUUUCGCGAGAACGAUCGCCUCUAAUUAAUCUCGAUACAUGGACGCUUUCAUGAAAAAAAAAAGAAAAAAGAAAAAAAAAUUGUAAAUCGAGCUUGAUGUCUUUGGAAUUUGGAUUGUAUCGGUCCUCUACGAUAGAGUCGCUCUUAUAAAUACAAUUUAUAUUUCUUGGUAUUUAUGUGUUAAUAUGAAUGUUCUUAUAUGUUAUGAUAAAUUAAUGACAAAGUCAUGAUAUAGCAAUUAUGAUAGAUUGAUGUUAAGCUUCGUUUUCAAGAUUUUCUAUUUCUGAACGUAGUUUAGGAGAAAAUUAUUCGCAACGACGUAAGAGGACGUGAAAAAUGAAUUAUCCAUUGCACGUUAAACGGACAAUUUUCAGGCACUAGAUAAGAAACGGGUUAUCCUUUAUUAAAUCCAAUUAUGAAAUUAAUUAGAGCGCGAUCCAGGCUCGCCUCCGUACGCGAUAAUUUAGAUUUCGCUCGAGUUUCAUGCAGAGUCGAUAAGUCUGAAAUCUGCAAGUUAUCUGCGCCAUCGAAUCAUUUCGCAUGUACCACAAGAAAACACACGUAGACACGAGGACAAGAUACGAGCGAACAACGUUAGGGAAAAAGAAACGCAUCGGUGAAAGCAGAACUUUAUAGAGAAGCAGGCAUGAUCAUCAGUAAACCUGGCUUUUGUGAAAAGGAUUAAAAAAAAAAAGAGGAAAAAUGAAAACGAGGAAAAAAAAGGAAAAAAACGUAAGAUAAACAGAAAACAUAAGAUUUAGAUUAGUGUGAUACAAAGCACGACAAAGCAAUAAUUUAGUGAUUGUACGAUAUAUUUGAUUAGUGAGUUAGCGAGCUAAGUUUAAUGGUGAACUUUCGAAACCUAUAAAUACCUACUCGAUAAAUCGUAUAGUUUUGUAGAAAUGCUGAGAAGAUUCGCCACUUCAGAGAUGAAAAACAAAGAAAAAAAAUUAAGAAAACGCUGUCUUGGGAUCAAAGAUAGAGCGACGAAGGUCGGGAAAGGGUUUUUAGUAAAAUAUGUAAAGCUGACGAUCGAUGAUAAAAUUUCAUAACGAUCUUUUCUUCUUCUUGGAUUUUGAAUUCGUCAUUUUCCUUUUGUCCUCUUUAUACACUAUGCAUUAAUAAUCUUACACAUAUGUACGUGUAUGUGAACAUCGCGUUUGAAGUACGUAGAAAAAUUGUUUUUGCAAACUCUAUUAUAAUAUUUACGUUAUACUUUUUAUAUAUGCAUUUAUAAAAAUUAACAAAAAUCUUUUAUAAAUAAAUGUGCAGUUAUUCGAAACAUUUAUUGCUACGUUGUAAGCAUUAAAAAGCACCAAGGGAUAAUUUUUAUGCGAAACACGUAAAAAUAUUGCAAAUUGUAAACGUAACAUAUAAGUAACAAACAUUGUAAAAGUAAAAACAUUGCAGAUGUUUACAUACAAAUUUAUGUUUAUACGUAACCCUUUCAUCGCUGAAAACUUCAAGUUUACAUAUUGCCUGCGUUCCGUAUUAAGAGCAUCAAGCCAACUAGAAAUGAAUAAUAUUUCUUUCAUGCUAUUAACUAUGAUAUUAUAUAACACACUGCGUAUAACGAGUAUCGGUUGAAUUAAUUCAGAGAUAUGUAUUUGGAAAUUAAUGGUAAAAAAUUGCGGUCUUCCUUUUUUAUACAAUAUGCACGCUCAAUACUAUAUUUAUGUAACUACACAAUAUGCGAGGAAAAAAGCAAAAUACGUGCAGAAAAGCCAACGAAGAAGUAAAUUGUGUCGCUGUUUUUAAAUUUCUAAUUGUUUCUGAUGGGAACAAUAACACGGGACGCGUAUAAAAUUAAACACUAGCAAAUUUUUCGAUCAAACGAUACUUUUCUUCGGGACAAAACGUUCAAUAUUCCCAAGGGCGUUUCGGCUCAUGAAAAUAAUUUUUAAAGAAAAAUCCCAAGACUGAUAUAGUGGAUAUAUCGAGAUGCAUGCACAUGUAUUGCUCCGAUUUGUUUAAACACACAUUUAAAUGAGCUCAAAGCUUAUUUAUCUUAUAGAGGUCAUUUUUUAAUGUUCUAACUUCGUAAAUAAUAUGAGAAGGAAGAGAAAGAGAGAGAGAGAGAGAGAGAGAGAGAGUAAGUGAGUGAAUGCAUGAGGGAGAAAAUAAACGAAGGUCUGGAAUUUCUACAUUCAUGGACGCAUCUUACUCUGUUUUUAACGUAGAUAUUCUUUUAUUUUUUCUAAAAAUGGAUUGUACAAUUUGUUAUAUGCUAUAUUCAUCGUUAAUAAUAUUUUAUAUUAAUCGGUUAAUAAUUUAAUUUCGUGAAACUCCUUACAAACGCGAUAAAAAUACAACACAUUCACGACAACACGAGAUACAUCAAGGAUAAAAAAAAUUUGUUCCUAGAACCAUGACCUUUUUACUGACAAAGAAGAGACCUUCGUCGUAUCAAAGCAUUUUCAAUCUUGUCAUAAAUAAUUAUACGUAUAUGAAGCUUCAUAUACAAAGAGCAAGUAGAAGCAAGUUUACAUUUUUUUUCCGUUUGGUCUUUUCUUUUCUCAAUUGCUAUUUUAAUAUAAACAAAAAUCCAAUUAAUGUAAACGCAUUAUGUUUCAUUGGAAUAUACUACAGAAAUUCCACCAAAGCGAAACCCAACAAUUAGCGAUAAAAAGAAAACAGUAACAUACCAAAUUAUCAAUGUACUUACAAUAUUUAAGGAUAAAAAGUUUCAUUGCACUACAUUUGUAAACUUUAUUAAUUAUA